GAAACCACGCUGGGGAGAAAUUACGCGCCGGUGCGCAUUAACGCGUCAGCCAGCUCCAAACAGAACAAGUUCAAACUUUGAACAGCUUAAUACAUGUAGUUUUAGAAGUUAGGAAGCCGAGAGUCUGAUUAUUUAUCAGGUGUUCCGUCCAAGUACGCGAAUAUUGUAUAUAUUGUAAGCUGAAGACUGAUCGUUUUUUGGAUAUUUUCGACAUGGACCCGUGCAUGGAGUGGUAGGAAGAGCUUAGGUUAGCAGAUAUAUAUGGAUUAACAGAAAUAUAUGUGUCAUGUCGGAGGUAAAUAAUUCAGAAGAGCCUGACAAAGACCCUGAAAGUGAGGAAUGUCCUGCAGAAGAUUCAUUCGGCUUUGGAGAUGAUCUGGAGUUAAAUCAGUUCGAUGGGUUGCCCUUUUCCUCACGUUACUACAAAUUACUAAAAGAGAGGAAGACUCUACCUGUUUGGAAAGCCAGGUGCGAGUUUGAAGAUGCUCUGGUAAACAACCAGCUGCUUAUUGUGUCCGGCACAGCAAAGACUGGGAGGAGUACACAGGUCCCUCAGUGGUGCGCGGAGUUCUGUCUGUCUGCCCAGUACCGGCACGGCAUGGUUGUGUGCACACAGACAAACAGACAGCAGGCUGUAGAUCUGGCCUUACGCGUGGCUGACGAGAUGGACGUCAACAUAGGCCAUGAAGUGGGCUACACCAUCCCUCUGGAGACCUGCUGCUCCUCUGAAACCGUUCUGAGGUACUGCACUGAUGAUAUGCUGCUGAGGGAGAUGAUGUCAGACCCUUUUCUGGAGCACUACGGGGUCAUUAUCAUUGACCAGGCCCAUGAGAGGACAGUUAGCACAGACAUAUUGCUGGGCCUCCUCAAGGACAUCCUGCUACAGAGGCCUGACCUCAGAGUGGUGGUCCUCGCCAUUCCACCCAUGACUGCCAAGCUGCUGAGCCACUACGGCCAUAUCCCACUCAUCAGCCUGGAGCCCUCUUCUCCUGCCAGGGUGGUCCACAGCAACAGCGGCAACAAAGACUACUUCUACUCCGCACUGAGACUGGUGCUGGAGAUCCAUCGAACCAAAGAGGACGGCGAUGUUGUUGUGUUUUUUGCCUCAGCUCAGGAGGUUCAUUGUGCCCAGAGCAUCCUACAGAGAGAAGGCACCAGGCUUGGAGCAGAGCUUGGCCAGAUGGUGCCUCUGGUUCUGUGCCCAGGCCAUGGAGGGCCACCUCCUGUCCCAACUGUGCAACCCGAUUCCAAGAGGUCCAGGAGGGUUUUCCUCUCUACCCAAAAGGAUGAGGAUAUGUGGUGGGCUACAGAGUCUAUCAGCUUUGUCAUUGAUACAGGAGUCCAGAAAAAGAUGGUAUACAAUCCAAGGAUAAGAGCUAACUCUGAGGUACUUCGACCGAUCAGUCAAUGUCAGGCAGACCUACGUAAGCAGCUGUCUGGACCAGCAAGUAAAUGUUUCUGCCUGUAUCCAGAGGACAACCAGCUUCCUGCAGAAAACUCCCCACAGAUCAUGGAGUCCAACAUUACACCAACAGUUCUAUUCUUAAAAAGGAUGGAAAUAGCCGGCCUUGGACAGUGUGAUUUCAUCGACAGACCAGAUCCUGAGGGUCUCAUGCAGGCGUUGGAGGAGCUGGAUUACCUCGCAGCUUUAGAUGACGAUGGCAACUUGUCUGAGAUUGGCAUCAUAAUGUCUGAAAUCCCUCUGGACCCUCAGAUGGCCAAAGCGCUCUUAGCAUCCUGCGAGUUUGACUGUGUGUGUGAGAUGCUGACGAUAGCAGCAAUGCUGACAGCGCCAAGCUGCUUUCUAGAGCCACCUGCUGGCACAACCCACGAGGCAGUUCAGUGUCACAGAAAGUUCCAGCACCCUGAAGGCGAUCACUUCACUCUCAUAAACAUCUACAAUGCCUUCAAGCGAAGCCAGAGAGAACAGUACUUCAGUGCUGAAAAGUGGUGCCAGGACUAUUUCCUAGAUUACUCCGCCCUGAAGACAGCUGAGGCCAUCCGAUCAGAGUUGAACGACACUUUGAACAGGAUCGAGCUCCCCAUCUCUGAGCCCUCGUUCGGAACCAAAACCAACACCCACAACAUCAAAAGAGCCCUGCUGGCUGGGUUCUUCAUGCAGAUUGCGCGAGAUGUGGAUGGCGCAGGGAACUACUUCAUCCUGACACACAAGCACGUGGCCAACGUGCACCCGCUCUCUGGCUACGGGGCUCAGUCGCACAAGCUGGGGCUGCCAGAGUGGGUCGUUUUCCAUGACUACACCCUGUCAGAGAACAACUGCAUUAGAACAAUCUCUGAAAUUUCCCCUCAAGUAUUCAUUCAAAUAGCACCGCUGUAUUUCUUCUACAACCUGCCCCCUAGCGAAAGCAAAGACAUACUGCAAGACAUGUUGGACCCGGAUGGAAAACGUGAAGACGAGAAACAAAAAGCUGCUACAAUUGGCAACGACGCUGACAGCGGCUGUGCAGUGGUGCAACAGACGCAAGACAGAUGUGUGAUUCAGUGAUGUGAAAAUCUGUGUCACCAAAUGCAUUUCUUGCUUGUAAACCGUAAUAUUAAGUUAUUACAUUGCUUUAAAAGUCGUUUUGGAUGGUCACGUGUACUCAAGCAAAGAAGGUCAACUCUCCUACUGGGUGGAAGUGUUGCCUUGUGAAAUGGUAUGCUGCCAUGUGCAAGCAUCUGAAGGUUUUAUUUUCAGCCUUUUACCAGCUCUGGUUUACCCUAAAGUCUGUCUGGAAAUGCGAGUACUGUGACAGCUGUUUAGAUUUUUCGACUUUAAUGAGCAGCACAGGGGCUGCAGGUGGAUGUACUGCAGUACAAAAAAAAACAUCCAAUCACACCUCCUGUGCACAUAACUACAAAAAAAAGCAUAUUCAAAGAGAUGGUCUAACGCUUUGAUGCGUGUACAAGUUACUUCAGUCUGUUUCCCUUGUUUCCAAGCUGUUCUUUUCAGAUAUGUUGGUUCUCUCCAGGUGACCAUGGUAUGUAAAGAUUUUGAAACAUGAAACAGUAUGUAUGGUUUGAUAUGCUGUCAGAUUAAGAAACUAAAUGACUGUCAAAGCAUGCAGAUAUAUAAUGCAUUUAUUAUUAAUCAGUGGCAAGAAAUCUACAGAGAUAUCAUUCCUGAAUUUUCCCCGGGAGAAGACUCUUCUCCCGAAUGUGUCAACUAUCCAGAUCAAAUUUGUGAAAAUGUACUUUCUACCAAGUUAUGUCAUCAAGGGCAUACACCGUAAUCAAGAGUUCACUCAUUAAUUUAACUUAAUGGCAAUGAUACAACCCUCCCUCUACAAUCUGCUGAAAGUGGACUCCAAGUUCACAGAUCAGAUGCUGAGAUUAACACAAAAGAUUCAUCAUAUUCAGUUGUCUUGGUUCAUAACUUUGUAAUAAAGUGAGCCUUUUUAAAAAGA